UGAAAGGUUGGGUGGGCCACAUUUAUCCAUCAAAUUUCCAACUGAAUCUCCAUCUCAACUCACCACUCCAACCUCUGCACUCUAUACGGGAUACGACAGAACAGAAGGGCAGAAACAGCACAGAGGAGACGAGGAGUGGGCACAUAUACUUACAUAUGUGUUCAUGGCUCUUUCGACUCCUCCAAUUCUAAUCACUCCCAGAAGCCACCACCCAUUCUCCUUUCCAACAGCUCAUCACCCAUCAAAACAAGCACCCUUCUCCUCCUCUUCCUCCUCCAUCUCUAGGCCACUUCAACCCCUCCGCCUCCUCUCUCCUCCUACAACAACCUUCCACUUCAAGUGCUUCUCCAAAGCCCAAAGGCAGUCAGACGAACAAGUUGAGUUUGAGAGGCUCUUCUCUAACCUCAAUCAAGCCACCCUCAAGAGGGAACCUGGAAGCCUCACUAGUGCCAUUUUUCUUGUUGCUGGCACCACGGUUGGUGCGGGGAUUCUUGCUAUUCCUGCAGUGACACAAGAAUCCGGUUUUCUUGCCUCUGCAGUUACAUGCUUUCUUUGUUGGGUAUAUAUGGUUGUUACUGGGCUGCUCAUUGCUGAAGUAAAUGUGAACACUAUGUGCAAACUGGGUUCUGGCGGUGUAUCAUUGGUGUCAAUGGCUAUGAGAACUCUUGGGCCAGUUGGAGUUCAAAUUGCUUGCUGGUCAUACCUUUUUAUACAUUAUGCCCUUCUUGUUGCCUAUGUGGCUCGUUCCUCAGAUAUUUUGACAAAUUUCCUUGGCAUUCCAAUAUGGGAAAGUGCCACCUUGUUCUCACUGGUUUUUGGAGGCAUAUGCUACUUUGGAAGCCAGAGGUUUAUUGGUGCCAUUAAUGGCGUUUUGGUAUCUGGGAUCAUCAUUUCUUUUGCCGCUCUUGUGGCAGCCACAAGUGGAGACCUGCAGUGGGAUGCUCUUCUGAAAGCCAACUUUGAAGCCGUUCCUCUAAGCAUACCCAUAAUAGCACUUUCAUUUGUGUACCAGAAUGUAGUACCUGUUCUUUGUACGAAUCUUGAAGGAAACCUCUCAAAAGUAAGGACAUCAAUUGUUCUAGGCACAGCUAUCCCCCUUGUUCUGUUUCUUGUUUGGAAUGCUGUUAUCCUAGGAAGCAUUACAAAUAUUGGAACAGGUGCAGAUAAGAUUAUCGAUCCAAUAGAACAAUUGCGAUCUAGCAAUGGGGUUAUUGAACCAAUAGUUGAGGUCUUCUCGCUAUUUGCAAUUGCAACUUCCUAUAUUGGAUUUGUUUUGGGCCUCGCUGACUUCCUUGCUGACUUACUGAAACUCCCAGCUGGUCAGAGCAGUCCUUUGCCAUACCUGUUAACUUUGGUUCCACCAUUGGUAUUGUCAUUGCUCGAUCCAGAGAUAUUUUUCAAAGCCUUGGAUUUUGCUGGAACUUAUGGAGUUCUGGUGCUGUUUGGAAUUCUUCCAGCUGCAAUGUCAUGGUCAGAUAGAUCCUCAUCUUCAGAGCAGUCUCUAAGACUUCCAUAUCUGGUUCCAGGGGGAAAACUCACCCUUUCUCUUAUAAUUGGGGGUGCAGGAUGUGUUAUUCUUUCUGAGCUGCUUGAAAACUUUGGCCACCCCUAAUCGUCAAGAUACACAAGUCCUGUGCUGUUUAGACUCAUUAAAAGCCAUGAAAACCUUCAAACAUGGAGUUGUUGGUCUGCUAUUUGUUUAUUUGUUUUUACUGAAUCUAAAUAUCACCCUUAUAACCAAAUAAAUUGCCAACUCUUGUAUACCAUCAUUCAUGCCAAUGCAGCAAAUUAGGUGGCACGACACCCUUACGUCAUGUUUGGAAUGUUGGAAUAGAGAAUUGGAAUGGAAGUCGAUGUCAUGCCCAUUCAUUAAUGUGUUUGGAUUAUUUUUUAGAAAUGGAAAUCAAAUCUCACCCUUGCUAAGAUUUUAAUUUUAA